CGCACGCUGGUUGGCCGGCGCAGACCAGCCUCUCCUCCCUGCCGGGCGCUGUCAGAGCGUUGCAUCACCUCCGGACGCCCGACGCGGCGUGCACGCGGUUCUUUCUUGGCGCGCCCGCACCCGGGCCCUUCAGCAACAACAAAAUGGUUCAGCAAGUUCCAGAAAACAUCAAUUUUCCUGCUGAAGAAGAGAAAAUCUUGCAGUUCUGGUCCGAAUUUAAUUGUUUUCAAGAAUGCUUAACGCAAUCUAAACAUAAGCCAAAAUUUACAUUCUAUGAUGGGCCUCCUUUUGCAACUGGACUGCCUCACUAUGGACAUAUACUUGCAGGGACAAUUAAAGAUAUAGUUACCAGAUAUGCUCACCAGAGUGGGUUUCACGUUGACAGAAGAUUUGGAUGGGAUUGUCAUGGCUUACCUGUGGAAUAUGAAAUUGAUAAGACACUGGGAAUCAGAGGACCAGAAGAUGUAGCCAAAAUGGGGAUUGUAGAGUAUAACAAUCAGUGCCGAGCAAUUGUGAUGAGAUAUUCUACUGAGUGGAAGUCCACUGUUACCAGACUUGGCCGAUGGAUUGACUUUGACAAUGACUACAAAACUCUGUAUCCACAAUUCAUGGAAUCUGUCUGGUGGGUCUUCAAACAGCUCUAUGACAAAGGCCUUGUAUAUAGAGGCGUGAAAGUCAUGCCUUUCUCCACCGCGUGCAACACUCCACUGUCCAACUUCGAGUCUCACCAGAACUACAAGGAUGUUCAAGACCCUUCAGUGUUUAUAACUUUCCCUUUGGAGGAAGACGAAAAUGUGUCUUUGGUGGCCUGGACAACCACUCCUUGGACUCUGCCUAGUAACCUGGCCCUGUGUGUUAAUCCAGAAAUGCAGUAUGUGAAGAUUAAAGAUGUCACCAGAGGAAAGUUACUCAUCUUGAUGGAAGCCAGAUUACUAGCCCUCUAUAAGGUGGAGACAGACUACGAGAUCCUCGAAAGAUUUCCCGGUAGCUAUCUCAAAGGCAAGAAGUACAGGCCGCUGUUUGACUACUUUGUGCAGCUCAAGGAGAAUGGUGCUUUCACGGUGCUUGCUGACAGCUACGUGCGGGAGGAGGAGGGCACCGGAGUGGUACACCAGGCUCCUUACUUCGGGGCUGACGACUAUCGGGUCUGUAUGGACUUCAACAUCAUUCAGAAAGACUCUCCCCCUGUUUGCCCUGUGGAUGCCUCAGGCUGUUUCACAGCAGAAGUGACAGAUUUCAUGGGACAGUAUGUGAAGGAUGCUGACAAAAACAUAAUCAGGACCCUGAAGGAAAGAGGCCGGCUUCUCAUUGCCAGCACCCUCACUCACAGCUACCCGUUCUGCUGGAGGUCAGAUACUCCCCUGAUUUACAAGGCUGUGCCUAGCUGGUUCGUGCGCGUGGAGCACAUGGUGGACCAACUCCUGCAGAACAACGACCUGUGUUACUGGGUCCCAGAGUUCGUGCGAGAAAAGCGAUUUGGAAAUUGGCUGAAAGAUGCACGUGACUGGGCAGUUUCCAGAAACAGAUACUGGGGCACGCCCAUCCCCCUGUGGGUCAGCGAUGACUUCGAGGAGGUAGUCUGCAUCGGGUCGGUGGCAGAACUGGAAGAACUGACGGGAGCAAAGGUCUCUGAUCUCCACAGAGAGAGUAUUGACCACCUGACCAUCCCUUCUCACUGCGGGAAAGGAGUGUUGCGGCGCAUCUCCGAAGUGUUUGACUGUUGGUUCGAGAGUGGCAGCAUGCCCUAUGCUCAAGUUCAUUAUCCUUUUGAAAACAAAAGGGAGUUUGAUGAUGCGUUCCCUGCAGACUUCAUCGCUGAAGGCAUUGACCAGACCAGAGGAUGGUUUUACACCUUGCUGGUGCUGGCCACUGCUCUCUUUGGACAGCCGCCUUUCAGGAACGUGAUUGUGAACGGGCUGGUCCUGGCAAGUGAUGGUCAGAAGAUGAGCAAACGAAAAAAGAAUUAUCCGGAUCCACUUUCAAUCAUCCAUAAAUACGGUGCUGACGCCCUCAGAUUAUAUCUGAUCAACUCCCCAGUGGUGAGAGCAGAAAACCUGCGAUUUAAGGAGGAGGGUGUGCGUGAUGUCCUGAAGGAUGUGCUGCUCCCUUGGUACAAUGCCUACCGUUUCUUCAUCCAGAACGUGCUGAGGCUGCAGAAGGAAGAAGAAAUGGAAUUCAUCUACAACGAGAACACAGCUAGAGAAAGCGCUAACGUCACAGACCGGUGGGUCCUGUCCUGCAUGCAGUCGCUGGUUGGGUUCUUUGAGACGGAAAUGGCAGCCUACAGGCUGUAUACCGUGGUACCUCGCCUGGUCAAGUUUGUGGAUGUCCUCACCAACUGGUACGUCAGGAUGAACCGCAGAAGGUUGAAGGGUGAAAACGGGGUGGAGGACUGUGUUACGGCCCUGGAGACCUUGUUCAGUGUCCUGCUGUCUCUGUGCAGACUGAUGGCCCCCUAUACACCUUUCCUCACCGAGUUGAUGUACCAGAAUCUAAAGCUGCUUAUCGACCCUGUUUCUGUCCAGGACAAGGACACACAGAGCAUCCACUACCUCAUGCUGCCCCACGUUCGAGAGGAGCUGAUUGACAAGAGCACGGAGAGCGCAGUGUCUCGGAUGCAGUCUGUGAUUGAACUGGGACGAGUGAUUCGAGACCGCAGAACCAUUCCAAUAAAGUAUCCUUUGAAAGAAAUCGUGGUUAUCCAUCAGGAUCCGGAAGCUCUUCAUGAGAUCAGGUCUCUGGAGAAGUAUAUCAUUGAGGAAUUGAAUGUUCGAGAGGUUACCUUGUCUACAGAUAAAAACAAGUAUGGCAUUCGCCUCAGGGCAGAACCUGAUCACAUGGUCCUAGGGAAGCGUCUGAAGGGAGCCUUCCGGGCAGUCAUGGCGGCCAUCAAGCAGCUGAGCAGUGAGGAGCUGGAGUGCUUCCAGGAGAGUGGGACCAUUGUUGUCGAAGGCCAUGAGCUGCAUGAAGAGGACAUCCGCCUCAUGUACACCUUUGAUCAGAAAACAGGAGGGACGACGCAGUAUGAAGCACACUCAGAUGCCCAGGCUUUGGUUCUCUUAGAUGUCACCCCCGACCAGUCAAUGGUAGAUGAAGGAGUGGCUCGGGAGGUCAUCAAUCGCAUCCAGAAACUUCGCAAAAAGUGCAAUCUGGUUCCGACUGAUGAAAUAACAGUUUAUUAUAAAGCAAAGUCUGAAGGGAAGUAUCUGAAUAAUGUUAUCGAAAGCCACAUGGAGUUCAUAUUUGCCACCAUAAAAGCUCCCUUGAAACCGUAUCCAGUUCCAGUGUCUGAUAAAAUCAUUAUUCAAGAAGAAAUGCAGUUAAAGGGUUCUGCCCUGGAAAUUACACUCACCAGAGGAUCCUCCCUGCCUGGUCCUGUUUGUGCAUAUGUCAAUCUUAACAUUUAUGCAAAUGGCAGCGAGCAAGAAAUACAAAACCAGACUGAUUUACUGAGUAUUAGUGGAAAAACACUUCGCGUGGCGGCAGGGUCAGCCCCCGCUGUAGUGGACGGCCCCAGCACUGCACUCUGCCGUUACAUCAACCUACAGCUCCUGAACGCAGGCCCGCAAGAGUGUGUGAAGGGAACAGUGGGCACACUCCUGCUGGAAAACCCGCCUGGGCAGAAUGGACUUACCCACCAGGGCCUCCUGUAUGAAGCAGCCAAGGUGUUUGGUCUUCGCAGCAGGAAGCUCAAGCUGUUUCUGAACGAGACUCAGACACAUGAAAUUACAGAAGAAAUCCCCAUGAAGGCUUUGAACAUGAAGACUGUGUAUGUUUCUGUAUUACCGACGACGGCAGACUUCUAACGGUCAUCAUCCUCGUGGUGGAGUCAGCCUAUCCCCGGCACACACGGAAGGUGUUCUUUUCAGGUGCAUGUAUGAUUUGCUACUUUGGGUACACAGUGGAAAUGGGACUGAUUCCUCGGGUGACUUGGCACCUCACAUACACAAGUGCCUGUAUCCCGCGCAGCCAGGUUGGGGGCAGGCCGCACCUCCGCUCACUUCUGCACUUGCACAGCAUGGAAGUGAUUUCAAUGGCAGAUAUUUAUCAUUCUGUGGCAUUUUAAAAUUUGUUUGAGAUGUCUUGAAGGAAUGUGUUAAAUAUCUGCUACCUGGAUUUUCCUGGGUAAUUUGAUGGAAUACGUUAAGCUUCAGUAAAUUAGAACAAUAAAUAAAUUUUCUCUCAGACAAUAAA